ACAACAACAAAAACAACAACAAUCCCAACAACACCAACAACAACAACACCAAAAACAACAACAACUUCAAUGACAAUAACAACCAUAGAAACAUCAAAAGCAACCACAACAACAACACCAGCAGCAACAACAACAACACCAAUGGCAACUACAACAACAGCAACAACAGCAAGAACAACAACAACAACAAAAACAACAACAAUCCCAAUGGCACCAACAACAACAACACCAAAAACAACAACAACUUCAAUGACAAUAACAACCAUAGAAACAUCAAAAGCAACCACAACAACAACACCAGCAGCAACAACAACAACACCAAUGGCAACUACAACAACAGUAACAACAACAACACCAAAAACAACAACAACACCAAUGUCAACUACAACAACACCAAGGACAGCAAGAACAACAACAACAACAACAUCAACUUACUAUACCACCAACCCACCCGUUCAAACAUCAACAUACAAAUGGCGAUCCACCCAAGGAACAAUAAACAACAUAUCCCCUCGUACCACAGUAGCCGUGUUGUUUCCUGAAACACGACCAAGCACCCCAACAUCCAAUGCUCGUACACCUCCUAAUUUAAACAACGUAAUUGAAAACACUUCACAGUUUGUGAACCCAAUUCCUACAAAGGAUCCUUUCAUAUCUAACCCAUCACCUAAACCAAUGCAAAACAACCCAGCUGUAGAGGCAUGGGAUCAAAACCGUGUUCUAUGUUUGUUGGGAAACGCUAAACUUUGCUCUCUUGUUUUAUUCAACCAAGCAAGACCACAAGUUCCUUACAUUGUUCAAUCAAAUUCAGUCGCUUAUUUGAAUCAAAAUGGCUCCAUGAUCAAGACACCAGUCGCAAGUACUAACUACUACAGCAAUGAUUUAAAAAGCCAGUCUCUGCCUAAAACACCAAAACCCGUAGCAAGCAACAGAACUUUGGUUGUUAAACCCAUUAGUCCAUACACCAGGAUUAAGUCAAUGUGCCAAACUAUGAAGUUGCUGAAUAUGGUCAAAGGGGACAUGGUUAAAAUAUGUUCCUUUGCUCAAAUGUAUGGACCAAAUGGUUUAACUCUACCAAGUUCUGAAGUCAUUCAACAAGUACUUUCUGGAGAAACAAACUUACUAACUUCAGCACUUUCAACUGGAACAAAUGAAAUUCCACAAUUUGAGAGAAACUUGUUGGGACUUAUUGGUGGUGGAAAGCCAACUGUAACUAAAGAAUGUCGAAAUGCUGAAGGCUUACAUAGCAAAAGUAAAUUUAGUUUACCUUGCUUGUCAUCUGUUGUGGCCAACAGUGAAAGUGAAUGUGUAGCUGUUGGGUGUUGCUGGGUCCAUGGGAGUGUUCUAUCUCGUCUCCUGAACCUGGAUACCUCAGCCAACCCACUUCUUACACUCAUGUUGAAUCCAAGCAACCCACUUGCUUCAAAUGCUAGAUGUAUUUCUCCUAUUGAUGACCCAACGCUAAACUUAAUGUUUUCAGUGGCAUCGGUAACAGAAGCACAGAACCUUAUGUCAGGUACAAAUACACAACAAACCGCAGCAGAAAACACACAAAUUAAAUCAACACAGCAAAGAACGCAACAUACAGAUGGUGAACAUUCAGCAUUGGAAUCCAGCAACUUAUCCGAGAGCUGUACAAGUGUCAUUACAAGGGUGGAUUGUGGUGAACAUGAAUGGUUUAAAUGCGUACAACGAGGGUGUUGUUGGGUACAAACACCUGGGCAACAUUCAUGUUUCUUACCAGUCAAUUGAAAUCAAACUGGGAAAAACAACCAUGAAAAUAUAUUAGCUAUUUGAGGAGCAUCUGCUUUCCAGUUCAAUUGGUCAAGAUUUCUCAUCCUUAUUUUAUUCAUUUCAUUCCUUAUUUGCAUUGGUGCCAUUUUUACUUUAUUGUACACAUUGUGAUUUUUAUUUUACCGCUGUGGUGUAAAUACAUGGACGUUAGACGCUCA